UUUUCUUCUCUCAACAUGGAUAAGCCAUCUUCCUUGCUAGUCUUAGUUUUUCUGAUUCUCUCACCAAAUGUUUUCUUUCUACUGCAACGGCCUGUGAUGGCUCGGCCGCCUCUCUAUACCAACUCGCGUUGGGUUGUCGAUGAAAACGGGCAAAGAGUGAAACUGGCCUGUGUGAACUGGGUGUCACACCUUGAAGCCAUGGUGGCUGAGGGUCUCCAUAAGCAGCCCUUGGAUGUGAUCUCAAAGCAGAUCAAAUCGAUGGGAUUCAACUGUGUUAGGCUUACCUGGUCACUCUUCAUGGUCACCAAUGACUCCUUAUCUUCCUUAACUGUUCGGCAAUCAUUCCAAAGCCUCGGCCUUCUUGACACCAUUGAUGGUAUCCAAGUCAAUAACCCAUCUCUGCUUGAUCUUCCCCUCAUCCAAGCUUACAAGGUGGUGGUAUCUAACCUUGGAGAGAACAAGGUGAUGGUGAUACUAGACAAUCAUAUAAGCAAGCCUGGAUGGUGUUGCAAUAAUUGGGACGACAAUGGCUUCUUCGGUGAUCGUUACUUCAUUCCAAAACUCUGGCUUAAGGGUUUAACUGCAGUAGCAACCAUGUUCAAUGGUACCAACAAUGUGGUUGGCAUGAGUCUGAGGAAUGAGCUCCGGGGUCGCAGGCAGAAUGCAAAAGAUUGGUACAGGUACAUGCUAGCAGGAGCUGAAGCAGUGCACAAAGCAAACCCAGACGUUCUUGUUAUACUCUCUGGGUUAAGUUAUGACAGGGAUUUCUCUUUCCUCAUCAAGAGACCAGUGAAGCUAACCUUUACAGGGAAGCUAGUCUUUGAGGUGCAUUGGUACGCGUUCUCCGAUGGCGACAUCUGGGAAAAAGGAAACCCAAACCAAGUCUGUAAAAGGGUAGUGGUUAGUUUGAUGAAGAAGGUUGGGUUUCUGCUGAAACAAGGGUGGCCUCUAUUUUUGAGUGAGUUCGGGGUGGAUCAAAGAGGGACGAACGUGAAUGAUAAUAGGUACUUGAAUUGCUUCUUUGGUGUAGCAGUUGAAUGGGAUUGGGACUGGGCCCUGUGGACAUUUGUGGGGAGUUACUACCUUAGGGAAGGGGAGAGGGAGAUGGAUGAGACUUACGGGAUGGUGGAUUGGGCUUGGCAAGACACUAGGAAUCCUAGCUUCUUACAAAGACUUUCUACUCUUCAAACUCCUUUUCAAGGGCCAGGCGUUUCUAAUGUUAGGCCAUAUAAAAUAAUGAUCCACCCAUCCACAGGUCUCUGUGUCCACGGAAAGUCACUAACAGAGCCACUAAGGUUAGGCUCUUGUGCAGGGACUGAAGCUUGGAGCUACACACCACAGAAGAGGUUAGAGCUGAAAGGGACACAUCUCUGCUUACACGCUGAAGGAAUGGGUAAACCAACAACGCUUGGAACCUCAUGCACUGAUGCUACCACAAAAUGGGAGACAAUAUCUGACUCUGGAAUGCACUUCUCAUCGAAGCUUUCCAAUGGAAGAGCAGUUUGUUUGGAUAUUGGUUCUAAUAAUGCCUUAGUCACUAAUCCAUGCAAAUGCCUGAGUAGAGACCACAAUUGUGACCCUGGGAGCCAAUGGUUCAAGAUUGUUAAUAGCACAAGGAUGAUGAGUCCAUCCUCCUCUGAAAUACUUCAUCUUCCAAAUUUAUAUGGGAAGGAUCAGUUUCCAUUAAUGGAGAGCAUUGGAACUCAAAUUGAGGAAGGAGCAGUCAAUGAGACAUGAACGAAAUAAACUCUAACAUGUACUGGUUAACUAGCAGAACCAUAGGUUCAAGAGAAAUUAAGAAAGAAAAGAAGGCAAGAGUCACUUUAUUCCAUUUGAUUUUUAUUUGGAUGGCAGAAAUAUGAUGUUCUAUGCUAUCUGAGAAAAUUCACUACUUUUAAUGGCUUAUAUCUUAUAUCAGGUGUUCGGUUA